AUGUUUCCAGCUCAAUCUCUGGGCAGCCCGACGAAUUAUAUUGUCGGUGGAUCUGCGGCUGACAUUGCCGAUUUUCCGUACCAGUGUUCUCUGCGGUAUUCCGGUUCGCACACGUGCGGUUGUGUUAUUAUCACUAAGAACAAAAUUCUCACAGCUGCUCAUUGCGUUGACGGAAGGACACAGACAGAGACACACGAAAAUUACAACGAUGGAUCAGGAACAUUUGCGAACGAUGUUGCAGUGAUCGCUCUGUCGAGUGAUUUAGAAUUUACUGACAACAUCAAGGCUGCUAACUUAUCGCUACCCACUGACCCUGACUACGACGGCGACGACUGCAUUCUGACAGGCUGGGGCCGUACAAACACGGGCACUGAGUUACCGGACAAGUUAUUGCAAGUGACCACAACAGGUUUGAGCAGAGCAGAAUGCCAGUCUGCGAUGAGUGGGAUUUCAGGUGUCGACAUUCAGAACAUGCACCUUUGUGUCAUGACAGCUGCAAAAGAUGGAGGAUCAUGCAAUGGUGACAGCGGAGGACCAAUGCAAUGCAGAGGCAAAGUCGCCGGCGUGACGUCAUGGGGUAUUUCCAGUAGCGGAACCUGUUUGACAACCUAUCCGAGCGUGUACGCCAGAGUGAGCCACUUCAACAGUUGGAUCAGCAGCGCGUAAACAUGGAAUUUACAGAUAUAUCUUCAAGUCCUAACUCACGGACGA